AACUUGCCAUAGGACGAACACGGCCGGAUCGCUUUCCAAACUAGUUCUACCCACCCGGCGGCUGUCGGUCUCCAUCUCCACCUCCACCUCCACCUCCUCAAUCCUCUUUUUAAUCCCUCUCCCCAGUCGCCUUGGAUCCUCGAGCGAGUAAUCCCACGAACUCCCGCUGGGUAGAUUAGGGUUCCUGCUCAGAUCUAGGCGUCCUGCGGCCGAGGCCGUACGCUCACCCCACCUUCGCGUUGGCGGCCGCCCCGGCUGAUCGACGCAUCCGUGGGCCUCCUCCUCCCCAGCUCUCCCGCAACCACCAGGUGCCAUCCGACCCAGUGCUCAGCCGCCUCAAUCCGCUGCCCUCCCCCGCGUACGGCCCGACGAAUUUUCGCUUAGGGUCUAGGGUUCCUGCGGCCGAGCCAGUCCUCUAAUCUCUACCUACUUGCUGCUUAGAUAGGUUCUGUUCCUGCUCAGAUCUGGGCAUCCUGCAGCCGAGCCCCAGCCUUCUAACCCCAACGAGUUUUUGCUGCUUACAUUAGGGUCUAGGGUUCCUGCUCACAUCUGGACUUCCUGCGGCGGGCGAAGAUGAAGGAGAAUAGCCACCCCGCCGGGGGAUCCAAAGUAGCCGCCGCUACCUCUGUUGCCUCUGCUUCUCAUGGCAAGGGAAUCAGGAUUAAGCUGAAGAAAUCCAAUCUCGUUUGGGGAGGCGAUGGACAAGAUGCGAUAGCGGCACUGCAUGGCUCGUCUGAAGAAGGAUCAUGGAAGAAAAUCUCCCCAACUAAUCUCAUCAAUCGCUUGCGAGCGAUGAAGCGCUCCACUCCACCUGAGUCGCCCUCAAGCAGAGAGGCCUGUUCUCCACUCUCUAGGAAGAAGAAAAGGAUCAAGCGGAUUCAUCUGGUGCCAGUGGUGAAGCGCUUCAGCCCACCAUUGACAGGGCCCAGCAAUUCCGAUGCCCUUUCUAGGAAGAAGCACAUUAUCAAACGGAUUGUUGUUGUGCGAGUGACGCCAAAGCGCUCCCGCCGACCUGAGUCACCAUCCAGCAACACUGAUGGCGAAACACAGUCAACUGGAGAUGCCUCUGCUUCCAUUUAUAGGAAGAAGAAAAUUAUUAAGAGGGUCUUGGACAUUGGCCAGCCGAAGGUGGACAUCGCCUCGUUGAUUUUCACGCCAGCAAGGGAUAGCUGCUCUUGCCACUCUCCGACAAAUGAACCCCUUUUAGAAGAAGAGUUUGCCACGUCGAAGCAAAUGAUGAAUGACAGCAUAAGCAAGCCAGAUGGCGUUGAGCCUGCCAACUAUUGUGUCGAUGCAAAUCCAAGGAUGGACAAAUUAAUUCCUCCUGCUAGCCGCAGCAAGAGCAGUUCAGAAGAAAGUACAUGGACACAAGAGAAGAUGGUAAACAUCCCAAUCCUAGCUACAGAAGAGAAGAAGGUUCUAACUGACCACAAACAAGAACAGGGACCAGAGGAAUUACAAAACCUCCUUGAUCUGGACCAAGAGUCCAUCAUGAUGAAGACCAGAUUUCUCAUUGAGAAGUUGAACUCUGCUAAUGUACUAGUAUUUCCUUAUACGUGUGAUGAAAAGCAGCAGGUUGAGGUCUACCAGCGGCUCUCCCGGUACUACAUUGAAGCCCUCAAGUUGUCCUCUCUUGAAAAGGAACUGGAUGAUGCACAAAGUAACAAGGAUUUGGACCCUCUGCAUGUAUAUGAAAAUAUUUUCCUUAAGCGUGUCGAAAAGGAUCCUGAAUGGUACUUCCAUCCCGAACAAUGCAAGCUUGCUGGCUUGGACGACUACCAGCGGCUAGUGCUUCGUGAUGAUCCAAUGUACGGAGAUUGGGAUGAGUACCGCCUGACUUACCAUACGUACCGUGGAGAUCUAGAAUAUGUCAAGUUCCGUGAGGAGAUAUCAGUGAAAAUUAAGUGGAUUGAAGAUGAAGCAGCACUCUUUGGGGAUCAGCGGAUGAAAAACGAGCUAGUGGCUCUCUUUCAGUCAUUGAAGAUUGCACUGCAGUUUCGUAAUAUUCCUGGACGUUCAGUUAUGUCUGGCUUCAGAGAGCAUAUAAAUAACCUUCGGUUCGACUUCAAAGACAGGAAGGACUUGGUCGGUCUCUAUCUUGAGUUAUGGAAACGGGUUGCUAAGAAUAAGGUGAAUUUCGGUGAGGCUUUGAGGCAAUUGUAUAAAGAGGACAUUUUCCCCUCCCGCAAGGGUUUGAUCGAAUUUGCGCUGGAUAGCUGUCCAGACACCAGUUUGAUAAAAUACAACUAUGAUACCUACGUGGAUGGCAUUGAUGAGAAGCUUCCGGAAGAGAAAGCUCAUCCCUUGAUCACGGAGGCCGUUAAGAAAAUGUUUAAGAAAAAGAGGAACUAUUUGGAUUACACCAGAAAGAAGUUGGAAAUCGCAGCACGCAUUGGAUUGAUUCCCACAACAGCCUAGAGGUCACUGCACAACGCGAGGGAAACCACGGUGAAGCAAAGGGUGCAAGAGUGAGCCGAGGGAAGCUAUGGCGUGAGCGAAGAAUGGUCUCUGGUGCUUAUUCCACCCUGCGCCCUGUCCCAUGAGCUGCAAGAGUGAGCUGAGGGAAGCUAUGCCAUGAGCUAAGGAUGGGUAGCUUCCGGUGCUGAUUAUAUCCUCCUCUCUGCCCCAAUGAGCUGCUGGCUCUUUUAUGAUGUCAUCGUCAUGUAAUAGCUUAAAUUUUUUGGAGCGUAGAACUUACUAGAAGCACAGGCGCCUGAUGCUGCGCCCGGUUCCACAAUACUUAUAACAAUUCUUUCCAGUACGCAUUACAACAUGAAGCUCUCGCAAAUAUGGUUCAUCAAAUGACAGCAUGACUUAUAAUUGCAGGGCAAAAUAAUUUUGCUAUUUCUCUAA